CUUUAGAAAGGAAAAGAAUAUACACCGCCCAGCCACCAUCACCCCCCCAUCUCCUCAUCGCCCGCACAGACGCCGCCCUUAUCUAAGCCACCACUUCACACGUCACCCUAUUCUUUUCCGCAGUCUCAACCACCGACUUUCUCUCACCUGUACAAGUCAUCCAAAGAUUCCUCCACGAGACAGCCUUGAAUCUCUGGCCGCCCUGUCUAUAUUGCUCCGUCGUUGAGUACGGCUUUGUCUACGGCCGCUGUCUCUCGCGUGUGGUGUUUUGCCGUGCCGCCACCGUGUUCCUCCCUGUUUUAUAUUCAUCGAUCCAACCAAACUGAGAUCGUCUGCCGUUAUCAACCAGACCAUCUGUAUCAAUACAUAUUCGUUGUAAAUCGGUUUUUUAUCUAUCCUUCUUAUCGGCGACAUGAUGGCCGGCUCAGAAACGUCUUCUCCAACCGAUUUUGCCUUUGGGCCACCAGCACUCGCAUCAGGAGACGCUGCAUUCACUUGUACGCCUUACAAACCUGAGCCCCUCAAACCCACCUUUGCAUCUCCCACCGGUGUAUCCCCAUCUACCGGUUCAUUCACACCCGCAGCCAACGCCGCGCCUGGGCAUUCAUACUUCCCAGAUUCAUACAACUACGGGGUAUCAUCUGCUUCAUCCUUUUCAUCAGCAUCUGGUAGCGCCGCUGGCGGAUCGUUUUCAUCGGUCGACAACCUCCCGGGUAUCUCGAAAAACUUUGUCAGACCGAAUUUGGCCGAUACAAGACGGCCUGCAACAGCCGGAGGAGCUUUACAAAGUCGUAGUCCAUAUUCAAACUUUAUGAUGAGCAAGAAGAAUAGCGUGAGUGGAUCAGUGUCACAGGAUGCACAGAAGCUGGGCGAACGGGGAGAUAUGAGAAAACCGGAGGGGACAAUAGAGGAAGGAAAUGAGAUGCUGGGUCUUGGUGGAUCAACAGAAGAAGAUGGGGAUGGGCAAGGUUCUCAGAAUGUGUCACCAGAGAACGAAAAUACUGUCAAUCCCCAACUUCUUCCUACCAACCGACGGUCAUCUGCACCUCAGUAUAACAUUCCUGGUUCAAAUUGGGGCCAAUUCCCACCAUCUUCGUCACAUGAUGCUGCUAAUUCAUCUCUCGGUCUCCCUUCUGCGCCUGCACACAUGCCAAUGGGUUAUCUUCAACAGCAACAAGCAGCGCACCAUAGUCUCAAUAGUCAAAAUCGACCACCAGCUUUCGCGGGUCGACCGCAAACGAGUGAUGGUUUGCCCAGUUACACCAAUUACCACGGUGCGGUGACUCUUCCUAGUGCUCAAUCUAUCGCUCGUCAAAUCCCAGGCAUGACUGAUACUUCAUCUUUUUUCCAUCACUCUUCAGGAUCUGCCCAUUUGCCGUUUAAAGAUGACCGACAUUUCCCCUCUACGAACUUUCCUGGAGACAGGGCAUUUACGUUUGACCCCCUGCGAUCUUCUCUCCCACCCUCUUUCCCCGGUCAAAUCCGCGCAUCAUACGCACCUCCACCUCCAGUCCCUACUGCCGGCUCCGAUUCUGGUGGCUCCUCAAAUAAUACAAACUCUACCGCUGAUCAGAUGCAAUUUAUGAGUUUGUCAACCGGUCCUGGGCAGAAAAAGAGGCCUAGAAGAAGGUAUGAAGAGAUUGAAAGGUUGUACCCUUGUGGUUGGAAUGGUUGUGAAAAGUCUUACGGGACAUUGAACCAUUUGAACGCGCAUGUGAUGACACAAAAACAUGGCGAGAAGAGGUUGCCUGCUGAGUUCAAGGAGAUGAGAAAAGCUUGGAGGAAGAAGAAGAGAGAGCACGCUUCAGCUCAAGCGAGCUCUCAAUACAUGACCAACGCUGCUGCCUGGCAACAAAACUACCAACGUCUUUCGUUCGCCUCUACGACAUCUGCCCCUGAUUCUGACUGGGAUCGCCGAGAGUCUUCGACCUCGACACUCUCUGUGUCAACUGACGGCCGACCAUCUUUUUCUUACCCUACCAACUACUCUUGGGGUGUGCCUCCACAGGGUAUGCCCUUCCAGGCUGGUAUGAUGUCCGUCGACUCUCGUCCUUCCACAUCCAGCAGCAAUGUCUCAAGCGUUAGCAUGGACGGCAGAUUCAUAUCUAAUCAACCUGCUUCCGCUUCUGCCUCUGCGAUGAGUAUGGGCCCACCUACAUAUCUCUACCUUUCUGGACCACCUUCUCUCCCAGGAGGCGUUGUUCCCCGUCAUCCUUCAGCUCCUCAGCAUCUACCAAUGCCGCCUCCGAACCCCGUAGAUGGUUUCCGGCCAGCUGAUGGGGAUCAUCCAACCCCCACCGUAGGUAAUCCUUUCCCGAUCGGUCCUUCUGGGGCAGGUGUCGUAGCAGGAGCCGGAGCUGGGACGGGCGCUGCAGGGCAGGCCGGGAAAGCGUUGAACUUUUCGACGUUGACAAGCCCUAUGGAAGGAAGUUCAGGUGAUUUUGGGAGUCAGUUUGCCUUCACUAGAUAAGAUGAAAGAAAUGGUGGCGUGCUGCGGUGAAGAGAGAAGAUGAGACACGGAAAAGGCAGUUGAACUAUCCUAUCUGGAUACUCGAAGAGCGUCAAUGCCCCCUUCCCCCCCAUAUACCUUGUAAUAAGCAACAGCCUCUUUUAUAUCCUUUCGGUUUUACUCGCAACAAACUCCAAAACAAUCCAAAGACACCAGGCGUUCUUCGAAAGUUCAUAUACACGACAAUAUACAAACAUUAUUUCAGUUGGUUUUUUUCAUUCUCUUUCUCUUUUUGUAUCAUCUAGCGCUGAAGGAUCAAGGAAAUGGAGGUCUGAGGAAGGGGAAAGAAAAGUAUAUGAUUAGGAAUAGUAUGGUCGGCAGUAUGUCUUUGCUCGAGUUGGCAUAAUUAGUAUUUGAAUCGCAUGCGUGAUUAGGAAAAGACAGGCAUUAAUUGUAGAUGCGA